GCUGCCUGCAGGGCACACGGAUCGGAGUGGCCGCUUGUGCGGACACUGAAGCCAGGGGCGAGAGUCAGGAGGGAGGCCGAAGAGAAGCAGCGGUCGAGGCGACAUGGCUGAUUCUCAGCGUUGUGGGCGAUACUCGUACGAAGACUAUGAGCUAACAGCGCAGUGGCUGCUGUCCCGCACGGAGCACCGGCCAAAGGUCGCGAUCGUGUGCGGCUCUGGCCUCGGAGACCUGGCCACUCAACUGUGCGACGCCAACGUAUUCCACUACCGCGACAUCCCCAACUUCCUCGAGACCACCGUGCCAGGGCACGCCGGGCGGCUGCUGUUCGGGCUGCUGAGCGGGGAGGUGUGCGUGUGCAUGCAGGGCCGCGUGCACGCAUACGAGGGCCACUCUAUGGAGCAGAUCACAUAUCCCGUACGAGUGUUCAAGCUGAUGGGCAUCGAGACACUGAUUCUCACCAACGCAGCUGGAGGCCUAAACCCCGACUACAAGGCUGGGGACAUCAUGCUCGUGAGAGACCACAUCAACCUGCCCGGCCUCAUGGGCCUCAACCCCCUAGUGGGGCCCAAUGACGAAAGACUGGGCGUGCGCUUCCCAUGCUUGUCGGACACAUACGACCCGGCCUUGCGGCGCGCGUGCUCGCGCGUGGCGGCGCAGCUCGGCGUGACAGAGUUGGUGCACGAGGGCGUGCUGUGCAUGCAGACGGGGCCCUGCUAUGAGACGGUGGCCGAGAGCCGCCUCCUGCGAGCGUUCGGCGCCGAUGCCGUGGGCAUGAGCACGUUGCCCGAGGCCGUGUGCGCAUACCACUGCGGGUUGCGCGUGUUGGCGCUCACGCUCAUCACCAACAUGGCCGUCUGCAACUACCGCAGCGAGGAGCGCACCAACCACGCCGAGGUGCUGCACACGAGCAGCAUGCGCGCCGUCGCCCUGCAGACCCUCGUCAGCGCCGUAGUCGGGCAGCUCGGCCAGUUCCACCGCGGGGGCGGGGGCGGGGGCGCCGCGGCUGCCAUCGAUUGAAGAGGGGUGGCAGCGGCGGCCGAAUGACGCUCAAACGUGGGACCCUGCUUUGAUUGGAACGCGAACCUCUGUCAGAUUCCGCGCCCUGUUGAUCAUUCACACUUUGCCCGGAAGGUUGCUGUCCACCAUUAGCGAUGCCUCUAGUAGAGGUGGUUCUUAAGCUUGACUGCAGCCUGAACCCAAAGUCACUUUAAGAUGUUUUCCUUGUUCGUGUUUUUGUUUUUUUUUGUUGCGGUUGCACCCGAUUCAA